AUGGCAAGGUCAGUAUUAAGAAGAACGAUGUCCAGUCUACCUAAGCAUAAUCCUUAUUUCCAGAUAGGUGGUAAAGAUAUAUGGAGUUUAGUCAAUGAGACUGCUGCUUCUAGAGAAUCUCUUACUGGGAAGAAAACUGUAAAUUUGGGACAAGGCUUUUUUUCCUACAGUCCUCCUCCAUUUGCAAUCCAAGCUGCCAAAGAGGCACUAGACGUUCCUGCCUUUAACCAAUAUGCACCUCCUAGAGGGAGACCAGAGCUGAUUGGUUCACUGAUUGAAGCAUAUUCUUCCUAUUACCCAGAGAAGCUAACCCCAUCCCAGAUAAUGGUUAGUACCGGUGCCAAUGAAGGUAUGUUAUCCAUGUUUCUUGCAUUUUUGACUCCCGGCGACGAAGUCGUUGUUUUUGAACCUUUUUUUGACCAAUACAUCAGUAAUAUAGAGAUUCCUGGUGGGAAGGUGGUGUAUGUUCCAUUGCAUCCCCCUCAAUGUUUUGACCAAGAAACUGUAAACUCCUCUGACUGGAAAAUAAAUUUUACUGAGUUAGAGAACUCAAUAAAUGAAAGGACAAAGAUGAUAGUGCUUAAUACUCCGCAUAACCCUAUAGGAAAAGUUUUUUCUCGUGAUGAACUACAAAGAAUAGGUGAUAUAUGUGUUCGGAACAACAUCAUUAUUCUGGCGGAUGAGGUCUACGAGAACCUUUACUACAAAGAACACAUUAAGAUGGCAACACUUUCACCGGAGAUUUCCCGGCUAACUGUUACAGUCGGUAGUGCAGGCAAGUCCUUUGCUGCUACUGGAUGGCGCAUUGGGUGGUUGAUCGGACAUAAAGAUUUAAUCAGUGUUGCUUGUCUAGCGCAUACCCGCAUCUGUUUUGCUAGCCCUUCACCUUUACAGAUUGCCUGUGCAUCAGCUUUGAGAACUGCCAAAUCCGUGGGUUACUUCGAGGAAACGCGUAAGCAGUAUACUUACAAAUACAAAAUUCUUACGGACGUAUUUGACAAGUUGGGGUUGCCCUAUACUAUUGCCGAAGGUGGUUAUUUCCUACUAGUGAAUUUUAAGAAGCUUAAAUUUCCAGACUCUGUCGAGUUUCCAGAGGAGAUUCAGAACAAGCCUAGAGAUUUUAAACUCUGCUACUGGCUAAUUCAAGAGUUCGGUGUAGUAUCAAUUCCACCCACAGAGUUUUUCAUUGAAGAACAUAAGAUGGUGGUAAAAGACUGUUUGCGAUUUGCCGUCUGCAAGGAUGAUCAGAUGCUGCGAGAAGCGGCUAGGUGUCUUGAGCGAUUAAAAGAUUAUAUACAAUACUAA